AUGUUUACACAACCAGUCGCAUCGCCACCGACCGUGGGCCCCGUGCCGACGUCUGUCACCAAUCCCGCUUCAUCCUCAACACGAUCCAGUCGCCUGCGAGGCCUCAGUUAUCUUCGCAGCUACACUCAAAACCACAUUCUGUCUCGAGAACACAGCGGCCAGGGCUCCAACUCUCCAACAUCAAACCCACUCUCCCACGCCGCCCACUCAUACUUUCACCACAACACCGGCAACAGUCCGCACUCUCAGACUCAAACUCAAACUCAAAAUCAAAACCACAGCAGCCGUCAAGGCUCAAGUCGCCCAACCCCAAGCCUGCAGCGCUCUCUUAGCUAUUCGCCUACUUCAACCCCACGUCGCUCCGACACCGACGCCAGCCUGAACCCCUUGUCGCUCGUCGCUUCACUGCAAGAGUCCCCGUCGUCGUCAACAUCCUCAGCGAACAGGGCUUCCACCACGCCCUCUUCUCCUGCAGCCGAGCGCCCGCCAGUGGAUGUACUUCCCUCCAUUCUCGACGACGACGCCAUUGCCAGCGGUAGCAGCCACAUACGGCAGCAAUCUGAUCAGCAGCCGCAAUCGACGACCGACGCUGAAGCCGCGAACAUGACGAGAGCACGCGCCUCUACAACAGGCGACGCCCCAGCCGCAGCCUCCCCCGCUCCCGAAAAUCUGCCUUCGAUCCGUUUUUCUGCCUACUUUGACCCCCGCGCGACACGUCCCAGCCUGACCUUCCCCCCAGUUUCGAGAACGCUGCCCUCGGGCGGCGACAUCAUCAGGGUCGGCCGAUAUUCGGAGCGUGAUAACCAGCCCAACAUCCCUAAUAACACUCCCUCCGCGGCGCCUGUUGGUUUCAAGAGUAAAGUUGUCAGUCGCCGCCAUUGCGAAUUUUGGUACGACGAGGGUAAAUGGUACAUCAAGGACGUCAAGAGUUCGUCUGGCACUUUCCUCAACCACAUUCGACUCAGUCCCCCGGGAACCGAAUCGAAGCCUUUCCCGGUGAAUGAUGGCGACAUUGUGCAGCUUGGUAUCGACUUCAAAGGAGGCGAGGAGAUGAUCUUUCGCUGCGUCAAGAUGAGGCUGGAGUUGAACAGGGGUUGGCAAAACAAGUUGAACACUUUCAACAUGGCGACGCACAAGCGGUUGCGGAACAUGACAGCUGCUAACUCGGCCAAUUCUUCGACGCAAGACUGCUCAAUUUGUCUCAACUCUAUCGCGCCGUGCCAGUGCUUGUUCGUGGCGCCUUGCUCGCAUACCUGGCAUUUCAAGUGCAUCCGCUCUCUACUGAACUCUCCCCAAUACCCCAUCUUCGUGUGUCCGAACUGCCGCAUGGCCGCCGACCUCGAAGCGGAUAUUGAGGACCCCGAAGAAGACUGGGAGCAGAUGGAUGAAGAUGAAGAGCCUGAACAAAAACAACAAAAGCAGGAAGUCAAGGAGACGGCGGCAGUUCCGAGCGCACCUUUAACGGCCGCCGCGACCGUGGUCAGCUCAAGGCCUCAACUCCCUGAAAUCGGCACCGAUGAUGAUGCCAUGGACUUCACGGUGGAGUUGGACCGCGCAAGGACCGUUGCCGAAGCUCCUGAAUUGGCACCGACGACUGUUGCGCCAAACACCUCCAUCCCACCUGUUCCAAUCCCAGCCGUUGGCAUAGCCCAAGCAGCAUUAUCCCGUAGCGGUCGAGAUACCCGGACUCCUUCGCCUAUUGGGAACCACUUAGUCAGUGCCAACGAAGGUCCCAUCACCCCGCGUAACGAUGCCGGGCCAUGGGUCUUUGAUGGUAGUGCUGGACGCCGCGCCGCCGAGGCGUCCAACGGAAUGAGAAGUCUCGAUGCUGCCGCUGAGAUGGAAGUCGACCGGUAG